AUGAGCUGCCGUUACGUGGGAUUCCCGUUCGUGAAGAAGAGUGGUCAGUCGUCUUCCCCAUGGGUGCCGCAAGAGGAACGACUUCAACAAAUCUUGCAGCUUCUGAAGGAUUCGCUGUCUGCUGAGGAAGCGACGAGGCUAACGGCUCGGCAGGAAAUCAAGAAGCUGAGUGAAAUUCCCAACUUCAGCAACUACCUGGUAUUCAUCAUCGCAGAGUUGAAGUUUGAGAAUGAGCGGUUGACAAAACCAACCGGAUCAUUGUUGGAUGAAGAUGUGACUGCCGACUCUGGCAAAGUUCCCCGGCAUGUGAGCGACUCCACCGAGACAAACAGCUUCGAAAGCGUGGGCGAUCCCUUGGCGGUGAUCGUUGCUGCUCUGGGCUUCUUCAUCACGACUGACUCGACGCUCGAGCUCACACGCUGGCCUGAAUUGCUUCCGCGGCUCGGCGAACUGCUAGACUCGAAGGACGACAGUGUCUGCGAGCGUUCUUUCGGGGCGCUGCACAAGAUCUGUCGGGACUACGCUGAGGCGCUGGAUACAGGGCCACUGAAAGAUCAGCUCACUGUUCUUGUACUCAAGUUUCUGAAGUUCUUUCGGCACAAAAACCCUCGGAUCCGGUUCUGCGCCGCUACUUUCAUCAGCCUGCUAUUCCUCAAUCGCGCACAUGUGGUGAUGGUCCACGCUGAGCACGCUGUUGCGACCUUAUUGCAGUUGGUGUAUGAAGAAGACUCCAAAGUGCAGAAAACCAUGUGCCAUGCUCUGAUAGUACUGCUAGAAAAUCAAAUCGACGGUCUCAUCCCUCAUAUGAGCAGAAUCAUAGAGUACGCGAUGGUCAAGAUGCAAGAUACCGACGGAUGUGUUGCGCUAGAGGCGUGCACGACAUUGGCCUUCAUGACGAAGAAGCCUGUCUGCAUAGAGUUGGUAUUAUCGAUAUACGAUUAA